CACUGAAUCUAUCAUGAAGAUGUAGUCAGAAGCGAACGGCGUGACGGACCAUCAAUGCCGAAGGACCACUUCCUGUCCUAUGUUAGGUCAAAAUGUUUUGUAGGAGAUUGUCGCAGCGAUUACUCUCCGUUUUAUUUCAACAAGGGAACACAGGUUUACGACGUGAAACAUCCAAUGUGGUACGACAUGAAGAAGGCGUGCUGGAAAAGAUGACGAACCCGUACCAAGAGCCAGAGAAAGGCUGUGUCCUCUGUAAGGUGGAAGUAGACUUUAAAAAUAUACAGCUACUGUCCCAGUUCAUCUCACCUUACACAGGCAGAAUCUACGGUCGACACAUCACAGGACUUUGUGGAAGAAAACAAAAAGAGAUUUCCAAAGCCAUAAAGAAAGCUCAAAAAUUGGGUUUCAUGUCUGUGACCCACAAACACCCACAGCUCAUGAGGGACCCAAAUAUCUGCAACAUCAAAUAUCUGCGUUAAUGUGUCUGUUUGCAAAUGUGUAUGUAUGUGACAAUAUCUAUUAAAAUCUUAUGUAUGAAA